AUGAAACUGGGAUUGACAGAGAGUGAGAUGCAGUUCGACCUGGUGGUGUCAACCCCAGCGGCUGGUGAGGUUAGGACGUCUACAGUCUGUGUUAGAUGUCCUAUAGAGGUUGAGGGGCGUAGAUAUAUGGUGAACCUCAUUUGUUUACCUCUAAAAGAGUUGGAGGUGAUUUUAGGAAUGGAUUGGUUGGCUACCAAUCGCAUUCUCAUAGAUUGUGGUAAGAAGGAGUUAGUCUUUCCUGAUGAAGAACAAGAAGACUUAUCUAUGACGCUCGGUCAGCUAAAAGAAGACAUCAUGGAGGGCGCCAGUUGCUUUCUGAUCAUGACGCACUCGAAUGAAGAGUUUGAAGGUUCAAGUUAUGAACGAUCGUCCGAUAGUAAGCUGAGUGGAGGAGGAUCGGUUGUAGAUGAAUUCCCAGACGUUUUUCUAGGCGAGGUACCUGGACUACCUCCUCCUCGCGAGGUAGAGUUUACAAUUGAUUUGGUGUCGACGGUAGGACCCACUUCGGUGGCACCUUAUCGAAUGUCACCAGCCGAGUUGGAUCCAACCUAG